GCAAUCGGAAACCAUAGCCUUCCUGUGAUCCAUGUGCCGCUAAUCGUCGUGGAGACGAUGGUUCUAGAAAAAGCGCCUCAGUCUAAUUCGAUCACCCUCUCGCCUCCGCCUCAUUGCGAGGGAAAAUUCAUCCGCUCCGGCGACGACGAGAAGGCGGUGAAUCUUGAUCCAAUAAGGCGUAGCAGCCACUUUGCACCUGCUUCGAGGUUUACUCUUGAUUUCUGAGCAUAUUUGGUAGCCAAAAUGAGCGUCGUGGGAUUUGACGUUGGGAACGAGAGCUGCAUUGUUGCGGUGGCAAGGCAACGCGGCAUCGAUGUGGUACUGAAUGAUGAAUCAAAGCGUGAGACCCCUGCCAUUGUCUGCUUCGGCGAGAAGCAGCGUUUUAUUGGGACUGCAGGUGCAGCAUCGUCUACUAUGAACCCUAAGAAUUCGGUCUCGCAGAUCAAGCGUCUUUUAGGUCGGAAGUUUUCGGAUCCUGCGGUACAGAGGGAUAUCCAGUCCUUCCCGUUUAAGGUAACUGAAGGACCAGAUGAGUCUCUAUUGAUCCAUGCUAACUACCUAGGUGAACUGAGGACAUUUACUCCGACCCAAGUUCUUGCGAUGAUUCUGUCCAACCUGAAGAGCAUUGCAGAGAAGAAUCUAAAUGCGGCAGUCGUUGAUUGUUGCAUUGGGAUUCCGGUCUACUUCAAUGAUCUUCAGAGGAGAGCGAUGUUGGAUGCUUCUACAAUAGCUGGCUUGCAUCCUCUACGUUUGUUCCAUGAGACAACUGCUACUGCGUUGGCCUAUGGUAUCUAUAAGACGGACUUGCCGGAGAAUGAUCAAAUUAAUGUGGCUUUUGUUGAUGUGGGGCAUGCAAGCAUUCAGGUGUGCAUUGCUAGUUACAAGAAGGGACAACUGAAGAUAUUGGCUCAUUCUUAUGAUCAGUCUCUCGGUGGGAGAGAUUUUGAUGAAGCUAUUUUUAAGUAUUUUGCUGCUAAGUUCAAGGAUGAAUACAAAAUUGACGUGUAUCAGAAUGCCAGGGCCUGUAUCAGGCUCCGAGCUGCAUGUGAGAAGCUAAAGAAGGUUCUCGGCGCAAACCCUGAGGCUCCAAUGAAUAUUGAGUGUCUGAUGGAUGAAAAGGACGUGAGGGGUUUUAUGAAGAGAGAAGAGUUUGAGCAGAUAAGCCUUCCCAUCUUGGAGCGGGUUAAAGGACCUUUGGAGAAAGCCCUUGCUGAAGCGAGGUUGGGUCAGGAGAAUAUUCAUUCUGUUGAAGUUGUUGGAUCAGGAUCGCGUAUUCCAGCUAUUAUCAAGAUUUUGACAGAUUUCUUUGGCAAAGAGCCUAGGCGUACCAUGAACGCAAGUGAGUGUGUCGCCCGUGGUUGUGCCCUUGAAUGUGCCAUUCUAAGUCCCACGUUCAAAGUGCGGGAAUUUCAGGUUCGUGAUAGCUUCCCUUUCUCGAUAGCCUUAUCGUGGAAAGAAACAGCUACUGACUCACGGAGUGGUGGAACAGAAAACCAGCACUCUACAGCUGUUUUUCCAAAAGGGAACCCGAUUCCUAGUGUCAAAUCUCUUACAUUCUUUCGGUCUGGUACAUUUUCUGUUGAUGUUGUAUAUGCAGACGCAGGCGAUUCACAAAUUCCUGCAAAGAUCAGCACUGUCACGAUUGGGCCAUUCCAGUUAAGCGCCAUGGAGCGUGCUAAGGUGAAAGCAAAAGUGCGCUUAAAUCUGCAUGGAAUUGUUUCAAUUGACUCAGCCACUGAGGAAGUUGAAAUCCUAGUCUUGGCAGAACCACCUAAGGAAUCCGCACAAAUGGUUAUUGACAACGGAGCAAUUGAUUCCUCAAAAACUGAAGCGGAUGUAAGCAUGGAGGAUGCAAAAACAUCCGGUAGGGUUGAGAAUGGGGUAUCGGAGUCAAAGGAAAAGCCUUACACAUGGAAACUGACAAAAAAUGUUGAAUAUUCUAAAAAGAAAGUCAAGAAAACCAAUAUUCCUGCCGUUGAGACAGUCUAUGGUGUACUGUCAUCUGAUGAAUUGCAGAAGGCCAUCAAAAAGGAGUUUGAAAUGGCUCUUCAAGAUAGAGUGAUGGAAGAAACAAAAGACAGGAAAAAUGCUGUGGAGGCAUAUGUGUAUGACAUGCGGAACAAGCUUCACGAUAUGUACGAGGCAUUUGUAACAACAUCAGAGAAAGAUGAGCUUAUUGCAAAGCUUCAGGAAGUUGAGGAUUGGCUUUAUGAAGAUGGUGAAGACGAAACUAAGGGUGUUUAUGUUGCUAAACUUGAGGAACUUCGAAAGCAAGGUACCCCAAUUGAGGAGCGGUACAGGGAGUGGACAGAAAGGACUCCAGCAAUCGAUCAACUUGAUUAUUGCAUCAAUAGUUUCAGAGCCGCAGCUUUGUCUAACGAUUCCAAGUUGGACCACAUUGAACUUGCAGAGAAGCAGAAUGUGGUUAGUGAGUGUUGCGAAGCAGAAGCUUGGCUGCGUGAGAAGCAGCAGCAACAGGAUGCCUUGCCCAAAUACGCCAAUCCAGUUCUCCUCUUUGGCGAUAUCAAAAGAAAGACAGAAGCUUUGGACGAGUUUUGCAAACCGAUAAUGACUAAGCCGCAACCCGCUUCACCAAAAGGUCAGACCCCGGGUGAUCAAUCUCAAGCAUCCGAGUUGCAGAACCAAGGAGAGGAUGGACCGGUGGAGUCCAUGGCUCAUGAGGGCAGUCAAGUAUCUCCGGCCACGGCUGCUGAGCCAAUGGACACCGACUAGUCAGACAGUUCCCCAUAGGCGUAAAACAACUUUUUCAUCUUAUAGUGUUUGCUUGUGAUCGAUAUUUCAGCAAAAGGAUCGAGUGGAGAUGAUAAGUCAAUGCAUCUGGAGAUCUCACAGAAACGUAUAUGGGAGUUUUUUUGCAUCUCCUGGAAUUUAGCAGUGUAUUCAUUGGAAGUUUUAGUCAACCAUACUCUACACUAAAUUUGUGACCUGUCCAGUCUUCAUCUAAAUAAAUAGUUGAAAGAUGCUUUCCUCUAAA